AUGGCAGAUACAACGGUAGACAUAUGCCCCACGAUAAACAAGGAUCAGGUUGCGGAAAUUUUGAAAAACGAUUACGGAUUUAUCAAUGGAAAAAUCAAAGAAUUGGAUGGUUACGAUGAUAAAAACUAUCACAUUACAGAUGUUAAAAAAUACACUGAAGAAAUUGAAUUUCCUACAGACGGAAUAGUCAUAAAAUUCAUAAAUUCAAUAGACUCGAAGAAUUUGUUACUUCUAGAUGCACAAACCAAACUAACUCAGCAUCUUGAACGUUCUGGAAUAUAUUGUCCAAUACCUGUGUUCAAUAAAUAUGGAGAAAGUUAUCGGUCUUACAUUCUAGAUAAUAAAAGACACGCAGUCAGAGUCUACAAAUAUGUUAAAGGAGAAACUAUGAAUAAAGUUAAAAUCAAUUCUGAAAUAACUACCAAUUUUGGUUUUUAUGUUGGUCAUUUAACAUCAAUUUUAAAGACAUUUAAUCAUGAUGGAUUCCAUCGAAGUCAUAUGUGGGCUCUAGAGAAAUGUCCAGAAGUUCUAAAAUUUGUAGAAGUUUUUGAUCAAGAAAAACAACGACAAACAAUAACCACAGUAAUAAACAAAUUUGAGUCUGAUGUUUUGUUAAAAGCUGAUCAUCUUGAAAAAAGUGUUAUUCAUGAAGACCUCAAUAUGAAUAAUAUAAUCAUGAAAGACAACGAAAUAAUUGGUAUUAUAGAUGUAGGUGAUGUUGUCCAUUCAUUCACAAUUUUUGAUUUUGCUGUAGCAUUAUGUUACCUAAUUAUGCAUGAAUUUAAAGACAAUAAUGCCAAGUUAUCUAAUAUACAUAUUAAGAAUUUUGUUCAAGCUUAUGAAAAACAGUACAGAAAUUUAAAUGAUUUUGAAGUCUCCAUAAUACAUACUUGUGUAUGUGCCAGAAUUUGUCAAAGUUUAGUUUUGGGUAAAAAAUCAAGCCUGAGAGAUUUAUCAAAUAGUUACAUACUAUCUACACAGAAGAACGGGUGGAGAGCAUUAGAAGAAUUAAUGAACAUUGAAGACGACAAAUUUGUUGUGUUACUGAAACAUUAG